UGGACUUGGAGGGUCCGAAAGGGUCGCAAGUGUGCACUAGGGUCCAAUUCAUGGAGCCUAGAACAAGGCGCCAUCUCCAUCCCGGCUUCUGAAGAGAAAAGAGGAGAAUGCCCGGCUCUCAUGGACUUUAAAAUAAUUGGUGGUGACCAAGUCGAAGUAAUUCCAAUAUCUGCCGGCGAUUGUUACCUGCUCAACGCUGCCCAAACAAAAGCCCAAACGACCUAUUACUUGCGGGCCUUGUCACGUGAUGGCAAAGACGUUGAACGACAAAGAAGUGACAAUGACACAAUUUGUAAGGGUACCAAACAAAGAAACGCCGGCAGCGUGCGCCGUGCAAAUCCUCUUCCACCAGAGUCUCCGGAGCUACACCCAGUCAACCCAGCCGGUCGACAACCGGUCAACUACAACGGUGGGCCUUCCCACGACAGUGUCGACCACCACCAUCCGAUUUCAGCGCCUCUUUUUUGUGCGCCCACCCAUUCCAUACCCUCAGGAUUCUAUCUCCUAUUCACUCACCGUCGGGAUGUAUCAGGGGCCAAUGGUUCUGUGGAGGUUAGGCAAGUAACCGCUUGGACCCGAUAUAUACGGACCAGAAUCGAAAUCUCAGUUUUACGAUAUUCCGAUAGAUUCGUAUCGAUCCACAUCAAUUUACAUCCAUGUCAAGCAAGAUUUUAUCAAGCCAACUCGCAUUGGCCAACGAAAGUGGAGGCGGACCUGGCAAACCUUCCAUCCACGAACAUGCAUGUGGUUGGCCACAAGAUUGCAUUGU